GAUAUAGGUUGGUGGGCGGACACUUGUUAUGACAUUGGGCUUCAGUCGAAGAAGAAGAGCGGAUGAGAAAAGGUAAUACAAAAGUCAAGGCAGUAACCAGGAAGCAAAGCGAUUAUCGAUGUGUCAGCGAAGUGCCAUAGGGAAAUCACUCUGAAGUGACACCUGGUGUUGGAAAUAGGUGAUUACAGAGGCAGUCCUUGUUCAUUAUGAAUGCUCAUUGCACCCAACAGUGCAAAGAUGUAAGCUAACUUUUAACAAUUGAUGAAAUGAAGAUGGUAAAGCUCUUGUAGUCUCAAACACUCCCAAAGCGUAGUAACAUGUCUACAGAUAUUGACAGUGACUGUCAGGGCCCUAGACGAGAAGAACUACUCUCAUGUUUACUUACAGCUGUUCAGGGGUGUCAGGUUAGAUUUGGAGGUCGUGGAGAACUUGCUACUGAAUCUGAUGAGAGAGUAGCAUUGCUUUGCACUUCCCUAGAAUCUGCUCUUUCUCAUGGUCUCAAGUCACGCUCACCAAAUAGAGGACUUGCUGCUAUUAAACAAGUGACAGAUAUGGUAACUUCUGGUUUAAACCUCCACCUCACUUUACCAAGAGGAGAAACAGAAACACCAGUGCUUUGGUGGUAUGUACGGGAACUCCUUACUCGUCAUGAGUAUGAGCGCUUUCUUCUGUUGAAGAAUGUAAAUACAGACCUGGGCAGGGGACGUGCAUGGUUGAGAAGUUUACUUAAUGAGCAUUCACUUGAGCGAUAUAUGCACAUUCUGGCUGGUGAUGAUCAUCUUCUGCAGCAGUGGUAUGAAUCUUGGGCACUUCUCAGAGACUUUGAAAGGGCAGCUAUGCUUCCAAAUUUAGCAGCAGGUUUGGACUCCAUUCUAUUUGCUAUUAACAUUGAUAAUAGUGAUUUGAAUGGGAUCACCUCCAGUGAAGUGAAACAGAAAACUGAACCAGCACCUGCUGUUAAGCCUGAACCUGAAGCUCAGAUUGCUGCAUCAGCAUCCGCUACAACGGAAGAACCAGGUAAUUCAGCACAUUUAAGAAAAAGGGAGUUGAAAAGGAGAAAAAAGAAAAUUCCUUCCCAGCUGAUUUCCUUUGAUGAUGACUUAUCAAGACCAGAUCUCCCUGAUGUAAAUUCUCCUUUAUAUCAUAGUGCACCUACUACAUGCCUUAGCUCACCAGCUCCUACUACAGGGGGAACAACUCCUUACGCUGAUCGAUUGGAGAAACUUGUACAUUUGCAAGGAUUACAACAGGCCAAAGAAGUUUUGAAAUUAAGUGAUGAAAAUUCAAGUACAGUGGAAAAUUCUGCUCUACCUGAUGAAAAAAUGGGUAACAGUAAUACAAAAUUAAAAUCUCCAGCUUUGGAAGAUAAUUCUACCUCAGGACUUACUGACUUAGAAGGUGCUGUUAGUAUUGAAAGUAAAUCAGUUAAAUGCAAUGAUGAGACUGUCAAUGAGACUAAUCUUAAACAUAUUUAUGAGCAGCUCCUUCCAGGACAUUCCAGUCUUUCUCCAGAAAGUGAUACCAAUAAUACUCAUGAUAAUAAUGUUCUUAGUAGUGUACCUGUGCCAAAAUCUCGUCGUCCCAGCAACUUAUAUGAUCAAGAAUCUGGAUCAUAUAGAUCUAGUCAGUCAAAUAUUUCUGCUGAUAGCUACCCUUCAAGUGAAGGAGAUACUGGAGCAAAUGUUUUUACACCAAUUGGAAGUGAAAGAAUCAGAGGUUUGAUACCUGUUAGCCCAAGAAGUUUAGCAAAUUUUGAAGGUGUUCCAUCGGAUGAUAAUAAUUCACUAAAUAGUUACUUGCAGGAAGGAGAUGAAAAUACUGUAGCUAUAUCUCAGGUAUGUGGAACUCAGGGAAGAAACAGAGGAACAUGUACCAGUCCUAUUUCAGUCACCUCAACAUUACCGAGUCCAUCCAGUGGAGAUACUACUUUAACCCUGGAUGAACUCAAAUCUGCUGUACUGGAGAUAAGUAGAGCUCGUGAUGCUGCUGAAUGUCGCCGAACAGAAAUAUCAAAUGCACUCGCUCAAGAAAUGGAAACAACUUCCAUGUUAAGAGCAGAAAUAGCACAUCAGCAGGGGUUACAUCAGGAGACAGUUGAGAGAUUAAAUGGAAAAAUUAAUGUACUUCAUAGAGAAAAUGAGCUUCUAAAGCAUCAGUUAAAGAAAUAUGUAGGAGCUGUUCAACUUCUUCGAAGAGAGGGAAGCAUUGAAAAUGUAGCAUUGCAACCAUCACGAAAUACUCCUGAUUAUCGGGAUUAUCAUGAUGAAGCCGCUGCUUAUGAGAGGAAAUUGAUUCAGGUGGCUGAAAUGCAUGGUGAAUUGAUGGAAUUUAAUGAGAGGCUUCAUAAACUCUUAAGGAUGAGAGAAGCACAGGUUCGUAGACUGCGAGAAGAGUUGAUUGAUCUUCGGGGACCCUUACCGGAUGAACAUGAUGAUGAAGAUGAAAUGGAUGACACUGCAAGUGUAACUAGUGAUUUAGAUACCCUUUCUGUAUCUACAACACCUAGAACGUUAAUCAAUAUUUGGAUCCCUACUGCCUUUUUAACAGGCUCAUCGUCAGACACCCACCAUGUAUAUCAGAUAUACAUUCGGAUACGUGAUGAUGAGUGGAAUGUGUAUCGUCGUUUUGCUCAGUUUUAUGAGCUUCAUAAACAGUUGAAAAGAAAAGACCCAAUAGUGAAGUCAUUUGAUUUCCCUCAGAAGAAAACAUUUGGCUAUAAGGAUGAGUGUGUUGUAGAAGAACGCAGAGUUCGCCUUCAGUCAUAUAUUCGAAAGGUUGUUAAUUUGCUACUUAAUUCUCACCCACAACUUGCCUCCUCACCAGAUAAACCUGUGUUUACAUCACUGCUGCCAUUUUUUUCAGAUCUGAAUCAGCCACGUGAUAGCUCCACUAGUGUGAGUGCAUCAUCUUCUCGUAGGGGUGUUUUGGCAAGAUUGUCUGGUGGUAGAUCUGAUCAACUACCAGUAGCAGACUCACCACAGUAUAAUGGUUUAUAAUAUUUUGUUAUUAUUAUGUUAUAUUUCAUAUAUGAUUUUUAUGUAUGUUAAAGAUUUUAUGCAUAAAUAUAUAUGUAAAAUUAGAAUUUAUGUAUAUUUA